AUGAAUUGUACUUAUCAUAUUGAUAGUUCAGUAUUACUUGUGUGUACUGCACCUCAUUAGUGUUAAUUUUAAAGGAGAUUGUGUGUUGAAUGCCAAUAUGAACAUGGAGAGAAUUUCAAAAAUCAUACUGUUCCAACAAAGAUAUUUCAACAAAAGGUUUUAAAGAAAUUAAAAGAAUCUCUGCUCAAUGAAACAUCUUAAAUAACAACUUAAAGAUUGAAUUUUAAAUAAAUGUUGGCUUUAACUUAGAGUAAGUUAAAAUAAAUUUGGGAAGAGUUGGAGAAUUCAAUUAAACUGAUAUAUGAUUAGUUAGAAAGGGAAGAGAAUUGUUUUAAGAAUUUCAAUAAUGUUAAUCCUCUGGAAUUGUCAAAUACAGAAUUAGAAAAGUUAGUCUAAAUUAUUACUGGAAAACCAUUAGAUGAUUGGAAUGAUCAGAAAAAUUCCAUUUUGAAGAGGUUGGAAAUGACAAAGAAUUAUUGGAACUAAGAAACGGAGGCUUUUUGUGGAAAGUUGAAUAAAGAAAUGAAGGAGAUGUUGGAAUUAAUUAAAAAGGAUAAUAGUCCAUAACACAAUUUUCAAAAUUUUAAAAAAGGAAGAUUUGUUUUAGGUCUUAAUUUAAUCUAAAAUCUUUGA